UUUUGACGGUUGCUCCGCCGGAUUAAACCACUUGUCAGGCAGGUGAACACGCUGACAUGAGAAGUCUUUUUCACAUCUAGAGGACAGAAGCACUUUUAAAAACUUUAUCAAGGAAUCUUUGAAAACACUUACCUACUGUUUUUAGUUGUUUGUUUGUUUUCUUUGCCGAGAUAUUAAAGUUUGGCUGUCAAGCAUGGCUGAACCUGCUGAAUUGCUGCUCAUCAGGGACCAGUAUGAGUCUGCGUUUAAUUGCCUGAGUCGUGGAUUGGCGGCUGAAGAGGCAGACAACAGAGCAAUGGCCCUGGUGUUUUACAAGAAAGGCCGAAUGCAUCUCACACAAGGGGUGGAUGUUCCCACCGGUGGGGAAAGGCAGCAGGGAGCGGUGUGGGACACGGCCCGGCAGCUCCAGCAGAGGAUGAGGGACACUUUGAGGACUGUCGAUGCCCACCUUUUUGCCCUGGAAAACUCUCAGCUGACAACAGGAGCCCAGAGGGGCUUACUGUUAAAGGAUCUUCCUCCUAAUCUUUAUCCAGACUUGGCACCCAACAGUCAGCCCCCCAAUAGCUCGACCCACCAUCUGUACCCCACCAUACCUGCCACCACCCAGAACACAACCCCAACCCCCAAUACACCCCCUCCCAGACCUCCCUCCCCUGCUGUUCAACACACACACUCACUCCCUGCAGCGGCUCCAGGAUCUACAGCCAUGGAUAACCCAGGGGACCAGCCUCCGGUGUACACACCGCAGGCCACAAAUGGGCACCGCAGCCUGUCUUAUAGUCCUAAUGGAGCCUGCCUCGGGUCAGGAAACCACACUGGAGCGGCAGUUGGAGGAGAUGGACAGGAGCUGCUUUCCAUCCCCUCAGGGGUGCAGCUGUUUUUUGUUGCACCGAAUGGACAGGUCAGCUCCCUCUCUUCUCCAGGCUACCUUCGCAUCAUCACAUUUUACAGCCAGCAAGGGAAUUCCGCUGAUGAAAGAUCCACAACAUUUUUACAUGUGUGCGACUGCCUGUACCUGCUGACAGCAGACACUCCAGUGCUGCUGGCCAACUCUGGGAUCUUCAUGUUCCCUGACACCUUGGCAGAGACCCCAGGGUCCUUUGUGGGUUUAGUGUUGUCCUCUGAACUGCCUGUUGCUGACCGAGAGAUAUUUCAAGAUAUCCUGUCGCAGUUUACUGAGCUCAGGAUCCAGGGUCCAGAUGGGAUGGGGUCAGAAGUCGUCAACUUGAGUACAAAAGUCCCUCUCAGUUCCCUUGAGGAGAAAACGGGAUUGACAGUACAAACAGCAGAGAAGGACAAACCCCUACUUCCAGGAUGGAGUGAGAAGGUGGCCCAAGGCAUUGCAUCAGGAAGUGUAUGGUUGAGUCAGUCAUUUGCAAAAGGAGCAGAGGCCACUGGCAAGGCCAUCCAGAAAGGAGCAGCCAAGAUUCGGGACCACAUCACACCUGAGGACACUCCUUCAGAGGUCAGCCCUCAUGUCACCAGAGGUCUGCAUGUGGCCAAACAGGCCACUGGAGGUGCUGCCAGGGUCAGCAAGUUUUUGGUGAAUGGAGUGAGUACAGUGGCAACACAGGUGGCAGAUAAGGUGGCGCCCCAUGUGAAGAAACACGGUGCAAAGCUGGUCCCAGAGUCUUUGAAGAAACACGAAGAGGGCCGCGCAUCCAACUUGGAUGGAGCCAAGUUUGUAGCAGCCAGCGGUGUACAUGGUUUCUCUGCUGUUUGGUCAAGUCUGGAGACAGGAGCAAAGCUUGUUUGCAAAAGUGUUGCAACAGAGACUACCACAACAGUGAAGUACAAGUACGGUGACGAUGCCGGCCAGGCCACAGACACUGCUCUCAGCUCAGUCGGCAAUGUUGGUGUGACUGCAUUCAACAUUGACAAUUUAGGAAUCAAAGCCAUCUUGAAGACUUUUGGCAAGAAGACAGCCAAGGCCAUGGUCAAAAGCAAAGAUGGACAGUCGGCAGAAGCUGAGGGGAAGGAGGAGCAGAAACAGGAGCAUGAAGCAAAAACUGAGCAAAAGGAUGCAAAGAAACAAGAGCUUCAAGCAGAGACUGAGAGGAACGAUGUGCAGAAAAAAGAAGAGGAAGAGAAGAAAAAAUAGAUUUUCACAGGAUGAAGAAUCUUUGUACUUUGUCAGCUUGAUGGCUCAUCUCCUGAUUUAUACAAUGAAAUAGGUCACUGAUUGUGAACUAGCAAUUUUAUUUUAUUAAUUAUGGAUGUAAAAGAAUUAAACUCAGGCCAAGUGCAAUAUUCCGUCACAAGGUAAUAGCCAUGGUAUGUUACUGCUUUCUAGGUCGAGGUUACUUUUAGAUUAGGUUUUAUGUUACAGGUGUAAAAACUUUAACACAAAAGUAUUUUUGUUUUAGUGUUGUAGGCUUGACACUGUAUUUGUGUAUGACAAAAUAUACUAGCGGUAAACUUGUUAUAACUACAGACAGGUGACAAAUUAAUGGAAAAACCAACAUAGAAAAUAAGGUGUUAGGCUACCGCGUGUUGCCCAAACAACUUCACUUCGCCUGGACAUUACACUAUUCUUCUAAAAUACAUUCCCUCCUUAAGCGUUUUGAUAAUGGUGGUGGAGAGUGCUGUCCAACAAAAUCACCCAUAGGUCCUUUAUCGGGUUAAGAUUUGGUCUCUGUGGAGUCCCAACACACUGUUUUAAUACUCAUCAGUACAUUCUGUGACACCUUGUGCCCUAUGAAUGGGGGCAUUGUUGUCUUACAGGAGUCUAUUCUGAUCACUAUUGAAAUGUUUCAUUAUAGGAUAAGGUGAUCACUCCAAGCAGCUUUGAUUUGAUUUGCAGUGAUUCGUCCCUCUAAAUGAACAAUCCCAAGUGUGGGUUGUCCUCAGAAAACAUACUGAAAGCCCACAAAUGGAUAAAAAGUAGAGGGCAAAUGGGAAAAAGGCUAUGCACAUUAAAAUCCAUGUGUGCCAAUGAAUCCCCUCACUGUAGGGGUCAAGAGUUCAGGUUUUCCCAUUGAUUUGUCACCUAUCUGUAUAUAUUGGAUGUUUGCAUUGCCAUGAAAAUGUAUCAUAAAACGUGUAAAUGAAAUUUAAAGGGAUAUAAAUCUCUUAUUUUAACUAUGCUUAUAAAGUAUUUUAUAUGGGAUGUUUACAAAGGCGUUCUUGGAGAGGGACAAAAAAAUGUAGGCUAUAAAAUGCUGCUCUCUGGUGCACACACGCAUGCAAAGCUCUGUGUUGUUUUGUUUAUUGUAAUUUGAAACCCUGCAAGUGUGGCAAUAAAUCAACUGACAUUUA